AUGGAUGUAGAAGAUUUACAUAACAAAUGCAGCGAGUGCAAUGACAAAAAACUCCUUGGAUAUGGCAAUUUGUGUGCUGAUUGUUAUUCUGCAUUAUUUAAGUCUGUUAACAGCGGGAAUUUAGAGAUCAACAAUUUAAUUAAAGAAACACAGAGAAAUAGUAUUCAAUUUAGAUUAGAAUGGAUCCCAUUUCAAAAUUUUACGGAUAUCCAGAAAAUUGCAGAAGGAGGAUAUAGUACUAUAUUCACUGCUACAUGGAUGAAAGGAAGAGUUACGAGUUAUGGAGGAAUACUUAGUCGGGAAGGUCCCAUGACAAUUGUAUUAAAAGUUCUUAAAGAUUCUCAAAAUAUAAAUUCGGCGUUUAUAAAAGAGGUUGUUCAAUUCGUAUCAAUAAAUUAUUAA